GGUGUUCCUGCGACGGUGUGCACCGAGGCGGGGAGAGCCGGUGCCCCACACAAACACGUCGCCUUCCUCUCGCCGGUGGGGGCGACCGCGACGCCGGCGCGAGACGUUCUACGGAUACUGAAAACCAACGUGGACCCGCUCGCCAAACACAUCACGGACGCGACGCUCCACCACACAAGGAGCGGUUGCAGGCGAUUGAGCACGCGGUCCUCGUGUACGGCAACCUGCCGGCCAACCGAGUCUCCGUGGAGGCGCGGACCUUCUUCAUGGGCAAGGUCUUGGAGGCGGUCGCCGUUUGCUUGGGCCUGAGGGCGGAGGUGACCAGGCAGGGUGGAAUGGCCUACAUAUUGCAGGACCAGCUCGCCGAGGCGCGGCGGGAGGCGGCCGAGUUGCGGAGGCGCCUGGCGGUCGCCGAGGCCCGGCUGGAUGGACACGCGGUCUCGGUGGCUGGCUCGGGGCUUGCCGGUCGCGGUCCUGCCGCGCCCGCGGGUGUUGUUCCUGCGCCCUCGGGCGCUGGCGGCUCGGCGGGGUCGCCCGCCGGCCGCAUGGACGCGGCCGCUUUGAGGGCGGGCCUUGCGCCCUCUGGCGGCGGGGCCCGCGGCGGACCCGGUGGUGCUGCGGCGGCGGACGCCGAGGCGGGGAGGCCCGGCGCGCUGCACAAGCACGUCGCCUUUCUAACACCGGUUUCGACGACCGCGACGCCGGCGAGGGAUGUGCUCCGCCUUCUGCAAUCAAACGUGGACCCGCACGCCAGGAACAUCAGGGACGUGACGCUUCAUCACACCAGGUACGGGCUGACCUUAUUUACGGACAACGACCAAUCUGUAGCCAACCUAGAAGAAGCAAUAGCCGCCAAUACGGUGCGCGUCGGUGCAAUCGGUGCAAUCGGCGUCGGUGCAAUACGGUGCAAUCCUCAUGCGCGUCGCGCAGCCACGUAACCCUUGUGUCAAGUUCACGGGAGUUGAUCCCGACAUCUUCCCGGAAGAUUUCUUGCGCACGCUCAACGAGCGCAACGAGGGGCUCGAUCUCGACCUCGACAAAUGCAAGGUCCGCGUCACGUUCGGUGAAAGGGCGCACGCGCUAACGACCAGGGGACUGCUCGCCCCUGCCCCAUGGACAUGGGAAACGCCUCCAACGCCCUCCCUGGUCACGGAUUGGUUCCUGCUGCGCCGCGGCUGGCGAUGGGGCGCACCGGACGCGACUGAGAGAGCGCGUUCACGGGGAUCUUCGCGAUCUGUUGGGCGCUCGACGACCUAAUGGGCGCGUUCCGCUCGUCGCGAUUAGAGGCGCAAACGAAGCGACGUGUGAUCGAGCGUGGCGGUGGGCUUCGCCAGUGCUCAGAGGUAGGUAAAUACGGUCAGCCCGUCCCGAAGACGCCGGUCGUGCGGCGAGUGAGGCGUCCAGGGCUGCCUGUACAUGGAAGACGGCUGCCGCAGCGGAUCGUCGACGGCAUCGCAGACUUCGGCGCGCCGGUGGUAUGCCUCGCCGGACAGUGUGCCUGGACGAGACGACUCCGCAACAACACUGUGCGAGUGCAGUGUGUGUAGUUUGAUUUUCUGUCUUGCUUUAUUUUAUUUCACUUUCUUUAAUUUUCUUCGUCUUUCAGUGCUUGGUUUUUCGUUCUUCUUUUUCUUUUCUUUUGUACCUUGUACCUCUUUCACUCAGUUAUGCUAAAUCGAGUGUUCACUUUGCUGAGCCUCCAGGCUGCGGGACCAUGAACAGUCAUAUAGCAGAGGCUGCGACCACUGCUAUCAGCAGAUGUGAACGGCCUUAAGGUAGUUCGAGCAUCCGGAGGCUGUUGACUGUAGCGUCACGUUCACAUUAUGUUAAUCCACAAAGCUGGCAUUGGUGUGCAUGGUGCCUUCCGGGUGGGUCACGUAAACGGCCCAACCUACAGCAGAUCCGCUCGACCGAGACACAGUGGAUGCCGCCGGCCCAGUCCGAAGACCCGAGGCGGCGACCACGUACGCGUGGCUUUCAGGCCCAGUGUCGGUGUAUGCGGUGCCUACCGGCUGGAUCGCAUAAACGGCCCACCGUACAGCAGAUUCUAGCGACCGAGAAGCACGGUAGAUGCCGAUGGCCCAGGGAGAGGACCCGAGUCACUGACCAUGGUCGCUUGUGACGCGAGGCUUUCAUGCCUUUUGCCGCCUUUGUGGAACGUUUUUCAUCUUUUGUUUUUCUUCUUUUCAUCUUGUCCGACUGUUUUCGUGCAUUGACUGGUAAUUUGCCCUCUUUGCUUUUCUUUUCAUUUUUCUUUUUCAUCUUGCCGGGGAAAGGGGACUUUUUGCUUACGGCAUGUCCAUGCCACCCCUCGUCUGUGACUCUUUACUCACAUUCAUUAGAAUGCCCGACGCGAGGGCUUCUGACAGGCA